CCCGGAAGUGACGGAAGUGUCCAGGCGCUGUUUGUUGUGAUAUCUGUUUGUGUUGUGAAGAGCAAAGGCGAGGAUCAUCUCUGCUCGGACGGACCUGUGGUGAACAUUAUAGAGAGGUAGAAUGUAAAUCACGAUGGCUGGUCUUGAAACGUACCAGGAGUAUCAGCUAAUAGAAGAUUAUGAGGAAGACUCCCCUCCAGGAGAGGAAGAUUUACUCAUCCAUGUGCCAGAGGGCAGAGGAGACCCAUGGCAUCAUAUCAAGAAUCUCGACAAUUUCUUCACAAGAAUCUAUCAUUUCCAUCAGAGGAAUGGAUUCGCCUGUAUGGUGUUAUCAGAGUUUUUUGAACUUGUGCAAUUCCUGUUUGUGGUCACGUUUACAACUUUUCUCUUUAACUGUGUGGAAUAUGAUGUUCUCUUUGCCAACCGAGUGGUCAACCACACGGGUCAGAGCCUCAGUCCUCUGGACAGGAAUAAGGUCACCCUUCCUGAUGCGAUUUUACCCAGCGAGCAGUGCACUGAGAGGAUUCAAGGAAACAGCUGGAUCAUCUUCCUCUUGAUAAUGGCAGCCAUUUUCUGGGUCUAUCGGCUCGUGAAGGUGAUCUGCAACGUCCUCAGCUACUGGGAGAUCCGACAGUUUUAUAAAAAAGCACUGAAAAUACAGAUGGAUGAGCUGUGCAACUUCACGUGGCAAGAAGUUCAAGGCCGUUUGAUCCACCUGCAGCGCGAGCAGCCCAUGUGUGUCCAGAAGCGUGAACUUUCCGAACUAGACAUCUACCACCGCAUCCUGCGCUUUAAAAACUACACAGUGGCCAUGAUCAACAAGUCCCUGCUGCCCGUCAGACUGCGUGUGCCCUUCUUCAGUGACAUGUUCUUCCUCACGCAGGGCCUAAAAUACAACUUUGAGCUCAUUCUGUUCUGGGGCCCUUUGUCACUCUUCCAGAACAAGUGGAGUCUGCAUCCCAAAUACAAACGGGCGGCAAACCGGCAGGAGCUCGCCAAGCAGCUCAGCCGCAUCAUCCUGUUGACUGGUCUGGUCAAUCUGCUGCUGUGUCCCUUCGUGCUGGUGUGGCAGGUGCUGUAUGCGUUCUUUAGCUACGCUGAAGUCAUCAAGCGUGAGCCGGGAAGCUUGGGGGCCCGGCGCUGGUCACUGUACGGCCGUCUCUACCUCCGCCACUUUAACGAGCUUGAUCACGAGCUGCAAGGCAGGCUGGGCCGUGGGUACAAACCCGCUGCAAAAUACAUGAAUGCUUUCAUUUCUCCUCUGUCGGCGGUGCUGGCCAAGAACGUGGCUUUCUUCUCCGGCUCGGUGCUCGCCGUGCUCAUCGCUCUGACGGUGUACGAUGAAGAUGUGCUGACCGUGCAACACAUCCUGACAGCCAUCACUGUACUUGGCGUAGUCAUCACCAUCACCAGGUCGUUUAUUCCAGAUGAACAUAUGGUGUGGUGUCCUGAACAGCUGCUUCAGUGUGUCCUGGCCCACAUUCACUACAUGCCCGACCACUGGAAGGGCAACGCCAACAAGAGCGAGACCCGCGACGAGAUGGCACAGCUUUUCCAAUAUAAAGCGGUCUUUAUAUUGGAGGAGCUUCUGAGUCCCAUAAUUACCCCCUUCAUCCUCAUCUUCUCCCUGCGGAGCAAGUCUUUAGAAAUCAUCGACUUCUUCCGUAACUUCACCGUAGAUGUGGCAGGGGUGGGAGACAUUUGCUCAUUUGCCCAGAUGGACAUCAGGCGCCAUGGAAAUCCACAGUGGAUGUCUGAAGGUCAGACGGAGGCCUCAGUGUACCAGCAGGCUGAGAAUGGGAAGACGGAGCUGUCUCUGAUGCAUUUCACCAUUAAAAACCCAUGCUGGCAGCCCCCUCAGGAGAGCUCUGUGUUCAUCAGCCACCUGAAGGAGAAGGUGCAUCAGGACGCUCAGACAGGACCAUCUCCUCAGCUGCUGCUGUCCGAGGCUCCUCUCUGUACCUCGCUGCUGUCCAGUGAGUCCGCAACGGGUCCUGAUAACCUGUUAGCCAGUGUGUUGGCUCACCCUGUACUGACCGCCUCCGGACUGCCUGGGAGGAAUCGCCACUUUAUCCCACCGAGCAGUGCUGCUUCCGCUGCCGCUAGUGUCCUGGCAUCCCUUUCGUCUUCUCAGCAGCCCCACGCCGGCCGUUCUCGCUCACACACUCUCCUGCCAUCCCGACAGCACCACGACAGCACCAUGUACUGCAGCGACCACACUGUGGGCGACAGCAUGUCUGCAAGUGACUCCAGGGUGCUCAGCCAGUCUCAUUCAGGCCUGGCGUCAGAGUUCGCAUCAGCCGAGAUGAGCUUGCAUGCUAUAUACAUGCACGAGGUACAUCAGCAAAAGACCCAGCAUCCAUCUGGACCAAUUCAGGCCUCUGUGCCAAUGAAGGACUUGAGCACCAACUGUGCUCAAGGUCCUCAGAUACAGUUUGCACAGACAGUCACCUUGGUGCCACCCACUUCUGGCCGCUUGGGUGGCUGGGCUGAAGAGGAAGAGGAAGAGCAGGGCGACGAGGAGGAGAUAAGCACCAACCUUGUGCCGGAUCAGACCAGUAGAGGGAGCAGCUGAAGUGCCUUCAACCUGUACAUUUUUGUUCAUUUCUGGUAGCUGUGGCCUUACUUUGGUUUGAAACCCUUUGAUCAAGCAUGUUGGGAUGCCACACCAAGCAUGUCGUUCAAGGAGCCCGUCAGAGCCGUUCGGUUCUCUGGACGCACCAUCUUCCAGUUUAGAGGAACUGUGGCGUAACGGACUGCAAGAGUAUGUCUGCCAUUUCCCCUCCCUCGUCACGUCACUUACAUUUACAUUUCAGACUGCUGUGUGUUUGUGUUGGAGUGUGUGUUUUUGUUUUGUU